AUGUUUAGCGAAACGACCUGUCAAACCAAGUUUACUUCCGACAAAAUUAUCAUUGGUUUCGUCGACUGUGACGGGUACAUCGAGGCCAAUGGAUUCAAGCACAUUAUGGAUAUCGGUACUGAAGGUUCUCCAGUUACGAAAGAAUCAAGCGUUGAUUCUUUCAUUGCUGUUGGAUACAGCUGA